AGAUUAGGAACCUCCCUCAUGUCAUGACAUGCUACAUUGGACAAACUUAGGUAGACUUUCGAAACGAAAACACAUUCAAGUUGUAUUCUUUCAGCUUUCAAAGGUUUCACGCUGAAGAAUGGAAGAUUUCUACUAUAUGAACUUCUCUCAGGACACAAGCCAUGACAACUUCUAUCAUGAUUACAAUAACAGCGCCACUGAUGACUCUGACGAUUAUGGCAAAAUUGGAUUCGUCAUAGAUGUAUUGACAUGUAUUAUCAUUGGUAUCGGCCUUCCUUUGACCCUUGUGGCCAUCCAUGGUGUUUAUUCUCUGGUGAGAAACGAUCAUGUUGCUCCGAUCUACGUCAUCAACCUCCUCAUUUCUGACCUCAUUCAGUUCUGCUGCAUGAUCGUUGAAGUGGCAAAACCUGAGGAUUGGAAGAUUAAUGAAGCCUUCUUUUCUAUUUACUAUUUUGGUCUGAUGGCCAGUGUUGGCUUCAUGGUGUGUGUCGCCCUGGAAAGGUAUUUGGUCAUCGCCUGUCCGCUGUGGUACCGCUUCCAUCGAACAAUUAAGAUCCCUAUAGCGGUCUGUGUCAUGGUCUGGGCUCUGCCUCUUGUAUUUCUCCUCCCUUUAAUUUACGAUGUUGAUUAUGACAUUUUGAAAAUCAUCUGGGCUGUCUUCUUCAUCCUUCCCCUCCCCUUGUUCAUAUUUGUCCUGGGUGGGACCCUUAAAGCUCUGUCAGCCAGCCGUGUCCCCUCUGAUGAAAAACGACGGAUCAUAGCAGUUUUGGUUGUAGUACUAAUUACCUAUGUGCUUCUAUUCCUGCCCAGCAUCAUCUGGGGCCUUGCUGAAGAACACAGCUAUAAUGAUACCUUAAUUGAUCUGUCUUUCACUUUUAUAAAGUUCAGUCCUCUUGCAGACUUGUUUCUCUAUGUUUUCAUUAGGAAAGGAGCUGUAGAUAAGAUUUUGGCCUCUCUGUGUUGUUGCACAAUGGAGAGCAAUGAUAUCAGCAGAUCAACAAUGACUGAAUGAUGACAACAUAUACACAGUACCUCCAUGUAGACAGACGCAGAAAGAAAAAAGAAGACAUAAAUGCAAAUAGAGACAGAUACAGUCAUCCACUGGUAUGAUUUCCAUCAAGACAUGUAACUGUAGGUUCACCUGCUGUGGUGCACUGUGACACCUUCAAGACAUGUAAAUGUGGUGUUAUUUUGAUGUUUAUUUAUUAACUAAUUAAUUAAUCAUGUUUUGGGGUUUUGUUGUAAUUCUUUUAUACUGUUUGUAUAAAUGAUAAACAACAUAGUGUCAAGUCAGUUUUAGUGCUAAGCAGUGCUAAUUUAGUUGUAUGAACAUGUAAUUUUAGCCCCAUUAGACAACCCAGUCUCAUGGCAGGCUGUGAAAUAAUCACAAAAUGUAAUCCAUUAAUUUUGUGUAGAUGGAGUCGUAUUUUUGAUUUCUUUCCUGACAGCCAGUUCAUCAAAGAGCCAAUGCCAACAGACAUUGUGCAAGAAGCGGAGUACACCCACAAGUGAAAUACAUUAGUUUAAAAGUUGUGUUCACUGUCAUUGUCCACGUACACAAAAUCAAUAGAUUACAUUUGGCGACUAUUACAGGAACUGUCAGGAGAGGGGCUGUAUCAAAAAUUAAGCUAAAGGGGUACCUAGUGCUUUAAAAUGUGACACCAAGGGGUCCUGACCAAGCAUCCAUAUGUGAUGGCUUGGGAGUGUCUUUAUUAAAACAAUGAGAGUUUCUUUGGCUGAACCAUAAAAAAAAAAAAAGAUGCCAGUUGCUCUUAUAUUCCAUUUCUGAUAUCUAUUGAUUUAAAAUAUGUCUUCAGCAUUGAAGUUUUAUCUUGAGGUACUUUAUGUGUUCUCCAUCGGUGAAACUUUAAGUCCCUCUAACAGGGACUAGAGAAAGAGGUAAAACCUAAAGUGACUGUGUUUCAGCAUAUUACACCAGAUAUGUCUCUGAGGUGUAAGAGUGUAAUGUAUUCAAAGAACUAGUAGUUCAUUAUAAAUACUGGGAACUACAGGUAUACAGAGAUUAUGUAUGUCUGUAUCUGUUCAGCCAACAAAAUUAUCUGUAUCUGUAUUUGAAUAGAAAACUGGACGUGGGUGUGGUUUAUACAGUUAGUUAUGUAAAAUUCUAACCAAAUUUUCAUUGCCAAUGCAAUUGUUGUGCCUUCAAAGCAUCAAAAGCAUAUAUUCAAUUAUGAACUGCUUGAACCACACCAACACCCACCAUUAACUAGAGGAAACACUCAGAAACUGAAAUAAAA